CCCGGGGGAGAGCCGGGAAGGGCCGGCGACGAGCGGGGCCCAUCGAGCCGAGCGGAGCCCGGGCGGAGCGCGGGGUUAUGAGGGCGGGCGCCGCCGCCUCCCCGUGAGGAGCCGCGGGCGCGGGGAGCGCGCGAGGCCGCCCCGCCACAGGAAGCCAUUUUGUGGGCCCCCUCCUCCUCCUCCUCCUCCUCGUCGCUCUCGUCCUCUUCCUCCUCCUCGUCCUCCGCCGUCGCCGCCGCCCUCGGGAGCGGCCGGGCCCGGUGAAGGAGGCGGCGAGGAGGGGCGGCGGCGGCCGCCGCGCCCUCCCCCAUGGCGAAGAAAACCUACGACCUGCUCUUCAAGCUGCUGCUCAUCGGGGACUCGGGGGUCGGCAAGACCUGCGUCCUCUUCCGCUUCUCCGACGAUGCCUUCAACACCACCUUCAUCUCCACCAUUGGGAUAGACUUCAAGAUUAAAACUGUUGAACUACAAGGAAAGAAGAUCAAGCUCCAGAUCUGGGACACGGCGGGGCAGGAGCGCUUCCACACCAUCACCACCUCCUACUACCGGGGGGCCAUGGGCAUCAUGCUGGUGUACGACAUCACCAACGCCAAGAGCUUCGAGAACAUCAGCAAGUGGCUCAGGAACAUCGACGAGCAUGCCAACGAGGAUGUGGAGAGGAUGCUGUUAGGAAACAAGUGUGACAUGGAAGAUAAAAGAGUUGUCCCUAAAGCAAAAGGUGAACAGAUUGCCAGGGAGCACGGUAUUAGGUUUUUUGAAACUAGUGCAAAAGCAAAUAUAAACAUUGAGAAGGCAUUCCUCACAUUAGCAGAAGACAUUCUUCGAAAGACCCCUGUAAAAGAGCCCAACAGUGAAAAUGUAGAUAUCAGCAGUGGCAGUGGGGUGACGGGCUGGAAGAGCAAGUGCUGCUGAACCUUCUCCUCUCUCACCAAUCGCCAUCCACCGCCCCUUUUUUCUCGCUGCAAAACAAACCACUCUGCCCGUUUUUUAACCUGAAACCAAUGGUUUUGUUCCUCAUCUUAACGAGCUCCUGCCUCCCCUUGGUUUUCUGGCUAGGACAGCUUUGCCUACUCCAGUUUUCUCAACACAUGUAUAGGAAAUUCAUCUCCGUGACUUCAUUUCCAUGUCCCUGCUCAGCUCACCACUACGUUUGGGUUGUAUUAUAGUCCCGUCCCUCCUGCCAUUAAACCCCAGAGCAAUCAUACUCAACUCUCUUCUGCAAAUUGUAUAAGAAUAAAGGUUAGAAUUAACAAUUGAUUUUGUACAACAGUGGAAUUUUCUGUCAUGGAUCAUGUGCUUGAGUCACCAUAUUCUCUAGAUGCAUCAGGCAAGAGCCAGGAAAAACUCAUUUUCGCCUUGAGUCCGUGAGUGGGGUUUCUUUGUUCUGUGCCUUAUGUGGAAAAAGGAACUUUUAUUUUCACUUUCUUUUCUCUUUUCUGGUGGAAGCAUGUGCAGGAGACAUCCCAUCCCCCCUGUGCCAUUGAGUCCUGACCUCUGUAGUGGUUGCUUUCUGUAACGUUGGUGUCAUGCAUCGAGGACAAAGGGUGGUGCAAAACAAAAGCAAACUCCAUGUAACCUGCUGUGUCUCCUCUUGCCAAUCCCGCCGUUCCCAACUCUUCCUGCUGCCAUUUUUUUUCUCUCACUUUGCCGCUCUUUCCUUUAUUUCUUUUUCUUUUUUUUCUUUUUUUUCUUUCUUUUUUUUUUUUUUUUUUGCCUGCAUGCUGCUUUGAUUUGCAUUUCUCCAUGGUGUGAUGUGUUAAUGGAAAGGAUGGCAACGCAGUGUGUUUGCCAAAAAUUUAAUACAAAGCACUGAUUUAGCUUCCGAGGUAAAAAUGUUGAGAUUCCUACUAACCCCCCUAGGCCUGUCCGUCACUAGUGGUUCCCUCCUCCUCCUCCUCCUCCCGCGUAGCCCCGGCCUUUCCCCCCAUAUGGAAGAGUUAUUUGCAUGCACUAGUUUCUAUGGAGGGUGAUGUGGUUGUCUACUUUCUGUGUAUGAAUAUAACAUGGAUCCCCAAACUGACAGCAGUUCAUUAACACGAGCUCCCAGCUUCUGUCCCCGAGGGCUGCGGGGCCGGCCCGAGCCCGAGCGGAACUGGAUGGAAAGAGAAGGAAAGGAAAGGAAACAAACCAGCCAGAGGGCAGUUUAAUUUAUUACCUCCCUGGAAACUUUCCACGUUCCAGUGUCCGCAGCGGCCGCGCCGGGCCAGCCCCGCUCCGGAUCCCGGCGGGGCAGCUCCCUCGGGAUGGAGCGGCGGCCUUUCCAUCGCUCCUGCCGCUGGCACCGGCGCUGCUGGCCCUGUCCUGCCGCUCCUGCCGCUGGCACUGGCCCUGCUGGCCCUGCCCUGCCACUGUCACCGGCCCUGGGCACCGAGCGCUCGCCCUGCGCGGCCGCUGCCCCACGUGGAUCGCCAGCGGUGAAUCCCGGCGGUGAAUCCCGGCGGUGAAUCCCGGCGGUGAAUCCCGGCGGUGAAUCCCGGCGGUAAAUCCCGGCGGUGAAUCCCGGCGGUGAAUCCCGGCGGUGAAUCCCGGCUCCAAACCCGGCCCCGAGCCCGGUCCCAGUGGGGAGGACACUCGGCAGCCGCCCCGAGCCCCUGGGCCCCGCCUGUGCCUGGCUCCGGCCGCGGCCUUGGCACCGGCACUGGCACCGGCACUGGCUCCGCUCCGCCCUCGCCGCAGCCGCUAACGCUGAGUGAAUUCUAAUGAAAUGACGGUGUUUUAACACGGAACUCCUGGUCCGGAGCGGCUCCUCACCGAGGUGUCCCCCCCUGUCCCUCUGUAUUUGGCAUUUUGUCCCCAACGUGUGUGUUAAACCCUUCCCAGGCGAGUGGCUGGUGAGCUCGGCUCAGUGUACAGAGUCCGGCCACUUCCGGCUAAAUCUGCACUUUCUAACGUGAUCAAAAAGGGAAAAAAAAUGGCGAAAUCUACAUCAAGGGUGGUUUUUCUUUUUGUAUAAUCCUUGUUUUAAACGUGAGCUUUUUAUUUGCUUGCAGGGGCUCGGCUCCCUGUGUGUGCCCCCUUUGUAGACGCUGUGCCCGCUGCAGGCACAGGAGGAGCCCAGGCCACUCGCUGGUGCCACUCGCUGCCAACGCCGCCCCCUCGUCCCUCCCUCCCUCCCUCCCCGUCAGUAAAACUGAGCUGUUUCUAUCGGGUCUAUUUCUGUUCCUGUCCAAGCUCCAGCUGCAGGGCCGGGAGGAGGGAGCAGCACGAUGCUGAAACAGAUAAAAAACCCUAAAAUUAAUAAUAAUAUUAUUAAUAACGAUGAUGUCGGAGGAGUUUGCAGUAACUUGAUGUCUGCUGGUAUCUCAACUCCCUGCUCGUUCCAGACUAACUGCUUGUGAAACCUCUGCUUGGAACCCAGCCCAGCCCUGUGGAGUAGAGAAGGGCAGCGGGAGGUGUCAGCAGCCCCUCCGUGCCCCCGGAGGGAGCUCGGCGCUGCCCUUUGGUCACCAAAACAAAGAGUUAAACCAUGAAAUCGGUCCUGCUAAACCAAACCCGAGCUCGGCUCUGCCCCACGGCCGUGUCGCGCUUCGUGCCCUCGGACGGUGGAAAUAAAACAGCGUCAAGGUCCUGGAUUAAUUCCCAUGCCGACAAUUUUUUACUUAAUCUUUUAAUAUUUUUGCUACUCCACUCUGGCUUUUUAUUUAAAACACAUUCUUUUGUACCACUUACUGUAUCAAAUUGUAUAAAAGAUCACUGUCCCAUUCUUGGUCGUACCAAGAGCAAAUAAAAGCUUUUAUAAACUUGCA